AUGAGCAUCGAGCCUUUCAACAAGUUAGUGAAACUUGUGGGGAGAGCGUUCUACGACGACAUUACCAAAGGAGAUAAUCAGCCCAAGACCGGCCGGAGCGACAAUAGGGGAAUCGCCGUGGUGGUGCUCGAUGCCCUCUCUAGACGACAAUGGGUCAGAGAAGAGGAUUUGGCAAAGGACUUGAAACUGCACUCAAAGCAACUUCGUCGUACUUUGCGAUUUUUUGAGGAGGAAAAACUGGUCACCAGAGAUCAUAGGAGAGAGACAGCUAAGGGUGCGAAGAUGCAUAAUGCUGCUGUUGCUGCCACGAUUGAUGGGCUACCUGCAAAAGAAGGGGAAGAGAAAGUUAAGAUGCACACUCACUCUUAUUGCUGUCUGGACUAUGCACAGAUAUCCGAUGUGGUGAGGUACAGAGUGCAGCGUAUGAAGAAAAAACUGAAAGAUGAAUUGGAGGACAAGAACACUGUUCAGGAAUAUGUAUGCCCUAACUGUGGGAAAAGAUACAACGCUUUAGAUGCAUUGCAACUGAUUUCUAUGGAGGAUGAGUACUUCCACUGUGAAAGUUGUAACGGGGAACUUGUGGCUGAGAGUGACAAGCUAGCUUCUCAAGAAGUCGGAGAUGGAGACGACAAUGCGAGGAGGCGACGACGUGAAAAAUUGAAAGACUUGCUUCAAAAAAUGGAGGCACAACUAAAGCCUAUAUAUGAUCAACUUAAUAGAGUUAAAGACUUACCUGCUCCUGAAUUUGGAGGUCUCCAAGCUUGGGAAGCGCGAGCAAGUGCAGCUAAACGUGCAGAGAAUGGUGAAUCUAAUGGCAUGGAUCCCUCCAAAUCUUCUCAUGGGUUGGGAUAUGGUGGAACACCAAUGCCCUUUCUUGGAGAUACAAAGGUUGAAGUUGACUUUUCUGGGGUUGAAGGCAAGGGGAAGGAUAUCAAAUCUGAAGCUGAUGGUGCAGGCCUGAAAGUUUUGCCACCUUGGAUGAUCAAGCAAGGGAUGAACCUUACAAAGGAACAACGUGGAGAGGUCAAGCAGGAGGCAAAGAUGGAUGGCAGUGGCAGUUUAGCAGCUCCAGAAUACUCAGAGGACAAAAAGUUUAAUACUGAAAACAAUGACAAGAAUUUACAGGAUGAGUACUUGAAAGCUUAUUACGCUGCUUUAAUAAAAAGACAAGAAGAAGAAGAAGCAAAGAAAGCACUGGAAUCCUCAGAAACACGCGUCUCUGAUGGCCCUUCCGGAAUGUCUCCUAGCCGUCAGGUCGGCAUGAAAUCAAAGCGUGAUGAGGAUGAAGGAGAUGAUAAUGUGGAAUGGGAAGAGGCUCCAAUUACAGGUAAUGAAGAAAAUUUCAAGGUCAAUGACUUGAAUGUGGAAGCUGAUGCUACAGCAGAAGCAGAGGCAGAGGAUGAGGAUGAUAUAGACUGGGAGGAAGGCUGA